AUGUCUCGCCUGAUUGGCUGCUGGCUGAUUGUGCUGCUCGUGCUGGUUGAGAAAACUUCAUGCUUCUGUGAUGCCAGAUGUUCCGGUGAUAAGUGUCACGCGGGGUUCAACAAAAACAUUUGCCUAGCUACAAUUUUAAUAUCGAUUAAAGUCGAACAUUUUUCGAAUCGAAAUUCGUGUUGUCAGCAACUGCCGACACUUUCCCUAUCGGAGCACUUUGUACCAGACUCGGGAGGUCCGCAUACAUUACGUCGCCUCUACACUCCGCACUCCACAUAA